CCUGACGCCUCCCCCGGCCGGGCGGCCAUGGCGGCUCCGCGGCGCGGGCCCGGCGCGAUGGCGGGGCCGGGGCCCGGCGCGGCCCCUCCGCGCCUGGCGCUCGCCCUGGCCCUGCUCGCCGCGCUGGUGGCCGUCAAGUACUACCGGGACGCGGAGGCGGCGCGGCAGCAGGAGCUGGCUCUGAAGUCCUUGGGGAAUGAGGGGCUGUUCCUCUUCUCCUCCCUGGACACCAACAAGGACCUGUACCUGAGCCCAGAGGAGUUCAAACCCAUUGCUGAGAAGCUCACAGGGGUGGCUCCAGUCUCAGAAUCUGAAGAGGAGGAGACGCUGGAUCCAGACGGGGAGACUUUGUCCAUCGUGGCCAAAUUCCAGCCCUUGCUCAUGGAAACAAUGACGAAGAGCAAGGAUGGUUUCUUGGGAAUUUCCCACGUGGCUCUGUCUGGGCUCAGGAACUGGACAGCCCCAGCAGCCCCUCUGAGUGUCCUGCUUGCCAGGCAGUUCAAAGCCUUUCUCCCUCCAAAGGAUAAUCUGGAUCUUGGGGAUCCGUGGUGGAUAAUUCCCAGUGAGCUGAACAUCUUCACUGGCUAUCUCUCCAACAACAGGUUUUACCCUCCACCUCCCAAGGGCAAAGAGGUGAUCAUCCACAAGCUGCUGAGCAUGUUCCACCCGCGGCCCUUCGUCAGGACGCGCUUCGCCCCGCAGGGCGCCGUGGCCUGCAUCCAGGCCAGCAGCAGCUUCUACUACACCAUAGCCUUCCGGAUCCACGCUGAAUUCCAGCUGAACGAGCCACCAAACUUCCCCUUCUGGUUUUCCCCGGGGCAGUUCACAGGUUACAUUGUUCUGUCCAAGGACUCUUCCCACGUCAGGGACUUCAGGCUCUUUGUUCCUAACAACAGGUCCCUGAACGUGGACAUGGAGUGGCUGUACGGGGCCAGCGAGAGCAGCAACAUGGAAGUGGACAUUGGAUACCUGCCUCAGAUGGAGCUGGAGUCCACAGGGCCCUCGGUGCCCACCGUGAUCCACGAUGAGAACGGGAAGGUCCUGGACAGCAGGGACCCCUCGGGGGAGCCCAUCCACUUUGUGUUUGAGGAGAUCACCUGGCAGCAGGAGAUCCCCUGGCAGGAGGCAGCCCACAGGCUGGAAGUGGCCAUGUAUCCGUUUAAGAAGAUCUCCUACCUGCCCUUCACAGAAGCCUUUGAGAGAGCACAAGCAGAGAAGAAGCUGGUGCACUCCAUCCUGCUCUGGGGUGCCCUGGACGACCAGUCCUGCUGAGGUUCGGGGCGAACUCUCCGGGAGACCGUCCUGGAAAGUUCGCCCAUCCUCGCCCUGCUGAACGAGAGCUUCAUCAGCAGCUGGUCCCUGGUGAAGGAGCUGGAGGAGCUGCAGAGCAACAGAGAGAACGAGUUCCACAGCAACCUGGCCAAGCUGCACCUGGAGAAAUAUAACUUCCCUGUGGAGAUGAUCCUGUGCCUCCCCAACGGCACCGUGAUUCACCACAUCAAUGCCAACUAUUUCCUGGACAUUACUUCUAUGAAGCCUGAAGAUGUUGAAAGCAGCAUCUUUAGUUUCUCAACCAAUUUUGAAGACCCUUCAACAGCAACUUACCUCCAGUUCCUGAAGGAAGGGCUGCACAGAGCAAAACCAUACCUGCAGCCCUAA